AUGUCUGCAGAUGCCACCAACAACACGUCGAAGACAGCCUCGGAGCUUUCUCGUCUUACUGUUCCACAGCUCAAAGCUCUUUGCAAGGAGCGUCGAAUUACUGGCUAUUCUAAACUCGGAAAGGCUGCACUUCUUGAGAAACUUAAGCCAGCUGCUUCUGGAGCGGAACCUACACCCAGCAGUAGAAGCUCUUUUGAUCUUGUCCCCACUCAGAAUACUCCGUUUCACAUUGUAUCUGGAUCUACUACUACUCAGCUGUCGGCAUCGGUCAAUUCACCGACACAAAGGACCUCUCACGAUCUUGUCGAAACAACAACCCAUGAUGCUGACUCUGUACAUCAAGGGACCUCGGUGUAUGCGUCUUCGAACUCAGACCAGAUACUCGAACUCAAUCCUGGAGGCAUUCCAUUGCCGUCUGCUCCCGCCUCCGAUCGAUCUCCUCCGUCACCCGGGGUAAUACCACCUACAUCUCGAGAAAGCACAAAACGUCCUGCCUCGACGUCGAACGUUUUAGAAUUCAAAAUCCCUUCGGCCCCUGCAGCAAAGAAACGAAAGACCGUACCGCCAGCUGUGCUCUCGAAUUCCACUAAAUCCAUAUCUUCUGCUGCUGAACCUCCACCGCCUUCCAACGGCUUCCGCAUUCCUAUUGUCCCAAAACCCAAGCUGCAACUUGCUCCAUUUUUGAUCGCCAGCUCUACUUCAAACAACGCCAGAAAUAUCGCUCAGCUCGAUCAACCGAAUUCUGGCGCCACACGUCUGGCAUCUCUUCCACGUACCACUCCAAAACGAUUCAAGCCUCUGACUGUGACCAAGUCGAAUCGUGUCAAUGCCCCCACUUCGUCAAAUGUGCUUGUUACCGCUUCUAACCUUGUCGAAUCGCCCAAAGAGCGCACUUUGCCUCUGGACCAGGAACCAUCUGGGAUUCCUCAACCUGGAAACACCUCUAUGUACUACCUGGAGCUCAGGGCAGCGCAAGAUCUUAUGAAGUCACUGACUCCGAUCACUCGUCCUCCGUCGCUUUCUCAGCGGAAGCUUGUGAAUCGAUGGGCAAUCAUCCUAAGCGGUCUGUCCGAUGCAGAAAGGAAAGCAUGCGUGCAAGUCUCUCGAGGGUUUCGCUACGCAAUUUACCUCUCCGCUGGAGUGAUCCUUUCACGCCACCACUACGCCGGCCGACGUUUCGAUCAAGUCAGACAGCAAUACCCAGCUCCUACUAUCAACAUGUGGCCCUAUCUUCGUCUCCGCGAAUCUGAAGUCCAAGCUCGGAAAGCGUCAUUCGAUUCAUCGUUUCUCGGUGCGUUCUAUCGAGGAUACGGGCCAAUCUCUGCUCGCUUGUGGACAAGUCCCGACCACGAGAGACAACUCGUCGUUGCGCUUCGGUUCCUACUGACUCGCCUCUGGUUCACCAUCUCCCUCGGUGGAAGCUCGAAGCAAGAUCCCCUAGCAUGGCUACACGAAGUAAUAAUUGAUGCGCAACCUCUCAUUCAGGGCGAGAUAUGGACCAUAACCGUCCAACAAUCUCCCUCGUCAAACGAACCGUCGCGACUUUCGACGUUCCAUGUCCUCCAGUCGACUUGCGAAGUCAUCGGGCGUCCUUCCUCCACAUCGCAUUCUACCUUCGUCCAUGCCUCCGACCCAGACUUCCUGCCUACAUCUCCUUCACCGGCAUCAUCGACUAGCACGGUGAACGCCAAUGAAGAAUUUCCAAUCCGAUCUGAUUGGUCAAAAUAUAUCUCCUCCAAUGUGUCCCUACCCUCCACCUCAAACACCGCCGCAAAUGGGUCCUCUGGCCUCUCACUGUUAUCGUCUCUUAGAUGGGCAGAUCACGGCGAAUAUGAGCACGGUAUAAGCCGGCAUUGGUCGAAGCGUACGGAGAGCAUGGGUGAGGAGGGUGUAGCGCUCAGGACUGUGGCGGAGAGAUACGUUCUUGCUUGUGUUGUAGGAAAUAGUUUCAGCGGAGAUUGGAUGUCCGCGACGCAGAUGGCUCAAGAAUUCGCUGGUCUUCCUGAUAAACUCGACCUUAGUCAUACGAGCUCGGAAAGGAUCAAAGCAAAGCAAGUACAAGCGAGCAUGUUCCUCCCAACCCACCAUCACGUCGAAUCAAUCCACUUCACCAUCCGAAACAAAACAGCCCUCCACCCUGCCCUAGCGAUCGUUCAGACCCCAGGACGCGAAUAUUACAUCUUGAAGGACAACGGGAUGCAGAUUGGCUGCGAGGAGGAUGGGGUGGCAGAGGUGUGGCAGAGGAUCAUCGGGUGUGAUGUGAGAGGGGUGGAAACUAUGUGCGGGGAGAGGUUGGACCUUGAUAAGUUGAAAGAGGCUUGGAGGGUUAGAAGCGACGAGGAAUGA